GUGGCGCGCCGGGAGAGCAGGAGAAGGGAGGCAGCGGUGCAAGGAGCAGAGAGGGAAGAAAAAUGGCGUUGCGAGCGGUUGUUGGGUUUUUGCUGCUCUUGCUGCUGGGCCUGGUGGCGGCGCAGACAGGACAGGUGCCCUUGCUGGCUUGGUCCAGCCACAGAUCUUUGUGGUCCCCUUCAGCUGUUCCACAUGAGGGGCACGUGGUGACAGAAACUCAGCUUGCAGCACUACUGGACUCGGCACUAGACAGCGGACCUCACAAUGUGCUGCUUUUCCUUCAGGAGAAACUCAGUGUUGAGGAUUUCACUGCAUAUGGAGGAGUAUUUGGAAACAAGCCAGACAGCGCCUUCCCCAACCUAGAGAAUGCAGUAGGUGCAGCCUCCUCUUCAUUGGUGCUUCCCUCUGUGGACUGGUUUGCUGCCAGCGCUGUUCCUGCCUUUUUGAAGGCCAAGCUAGGCAUCUCGCCUCUCCAUGUGGAUCAGAAUACCCUUCAGGAGCUGCGACUCAACGCCAGCCUACCUGCCCUGCUAUUAAUACGGCUGCCCUAUACUACUGGUUCAAGUUUGAUGGCUCCAAAGGAAGUUCUGACCAGCAAUGAUGAAAUUCUGGGGCAGGUUCUAAGUGGCCUUCAGUCAGAGGACAUUCCCUAUACGGCAAUCCUGACUGCUUUACGGCCCUCGCGGGUUGUCCGGGAUGUGUCUGGUUUGGUCCCUGAGAGACUGGGCCGUCAGCUACUCCAGAAGGAGACUACUGUGGCACCUCUCCGUUUCCCUAAAGAAAAGCCCUGGGUACUCUUCUCGGCCAGCAACUUCUCGGUGGCUCUCAAUGGCACAUGGCAUGACCUUACUAACCUCACGUUUGGGGACCGUGCUCCUGUUGAUGUAUCAAAGUCUUCAAGGACAUUGAAUUCUUCUGAGUUGGUACUGAAUUAUCCCAAUGUGGGUGGGCAACCCUUGACAAUCACGUUCCACAUGACAAAUAUCCGCUACUCAGUCUCAGCACAGCACUGGUUUACUGUCCGGACGGUAGUGCUGCACAGGCCUCCAAAUCCCCCAGCAACCUUCAAUGGCACCCAGAUCACAGCACCCAGCAAUUAUUCAUUCAGCUGCGCUCGUGUCAGUAGUCAGCCAGCCUUGGAGGGUGUUUUGGUCCCUUACAAAAAUGCCAGCCACUGGAAAGUGCUGAUAGAGAAUUUUCAGAUCCAGAGCUUUAAUGUGAUAAAUGAUAAAUUCUCCUAUGCCAGUGACUGUGCCAGCUUCUUCUCUCCUGGAAUUUGGAUGGGUUUGCUGACCUCCUUGCUCCUUGUUGCUGUUUUCACAUAUGGCCUCCACAUGGUCAUGAGUCUCAAGACUAUGGACCGUUUUGAUGACCCCAAAGGACCUACCAUCUCUGUGCCCCAGACGGAAUAGCUCCCUCCCUUUUUAGCCAUUCUGGGCUUGUUCUGCUCUUUCUACCCAUUGCCUCAUCUUCCCAACAUCAUUCACAAAGCCAUGUCUGGUCUCAGUCCUAUAUCUUUUUCCAUCUUCAGGUUCCCUUUCCUAAUAGUUCCUUCCUUUAUCACAUCAUCUGUGCUUCUAAUCUUUUCCCACUACCCCAGCUUCAAAUACCCCAAAGGACAUGCUGAAAUUGAGAGGAAGGUGUAGUUUUCCUAUUGGAUGGAAAGACAGAUUCUGUAUGAAAUGCAGGGUCCUAGCUUUCUCAUAUGAACUUUAUUGAAGGGCAGAGCACUUCAGGGGCCUCUUGUCAUCCCCUUUGGAAUUCCAGUGGAACAAAAUUAGUCCUGCCUUGUAAUGUGGUGUACAUAUUCUCCUACUUUGUUGUGUUAAAUGUCUCUUUCUUACCCAAAUCAUCUUAUGUAGCUUUUAGAUGGCCCUUCUCUCUUUCCUCCCCCCGCCCCCACCCCACCUCUACCUUUAUUUAUUUUUGUGUUUCCAGUGAUUACUUCUGUUUACAGUGAGUCAGUAUUUGAGACUCCAUGCUGCUGUUGAUCAGGGGAGAGUGGGGUUUCCUUUCUAUGACCCCUGCUAUUUCAUCAACUUGAAAUAUGUGAAUAAAUGACAAACAGUC